AUGGCCAGGGCACGGCAGUACUUGCUCCUGAAGGGCACCAGUCCGAACCAACCGAGGAUGCUAUGGCUGGCACGAGGGGGGAUGAGGUGGAAGGAGCUGGACACCAUUCUGGAUGCACAGGUCAAGGCGACACGGCGCAGCCCCAGAGCCCUCAUCAUUCACCUGGGCUCCAACGACCUGUGCUCGGUCAAGGGCAGCCAACUCUACCUUGACAUGGUGGCAUCAAUCCUUCGGAUACAACUCCAGCUUCCUGACACCAGGAUCAUCGUAUCCUCAAUGCUGCCCAGGCGCUACUGGCACGAUGCCAGGGACCCACUAAAGAUCGAGGGGAUGCGGAAGAAUACCAACCGCCGACUGGCCAACCGAGUCAAAGAGCUCGGCGGUACAAUGGUGCCACAUCCCCAGAUCCUGGCAUCAGACAAGACAUGGUACGCCUGGGAGGGCGUCCACCUCAGCGACAAAGGACUAAAUUCUGUCCACACCCCUCCUCCAGUUGCUAGACCUGUUGUCUCCACCCUUCCUCCAGAUGCUUUAUCCACCGUUCCCUUCCCUCCUUCAGGUGUAACAUACACUGUCCCUAUCCCUCCUCCAGAUAAUAAACCUGUUGUCUCCACCCUUCCUCCAGAUGCUUUAUCCACCGUUCCCUUCCCUCCUUCAGACGUAACAUACACUGCCCCUAUCCCUCCUCCAGAUAAUAAACCUGUUGUCUCCACCCUUCCUCCAGAUGCUUUAUCCACCGUUCCCUUCCCUCCUUCAGACGUAACACACACUGUCCCUAUCCCUCCUCCAGAUAAUAAACCUGUUGUCGCCACCCUUCCUCCAGAUGCUUUAUCCACCGUUCCCUUCCCUCCUUCAGACGUAACAUACACUGCCCCUAUCCCUCCUCCUGAUAAUAAACCUGUUGUCUCCACCCUUCAUCUAGAUGCUUUAUCCACCGUUCCCUUCCCUCCUUCAAACGUAACCUACACUGUCCCUAUCCCUCCUCCAGAUAAUAAACCUGUUGUCUCCACCCUUCCUCCAGAUGCUUUAUCCACCGUUCCCUUCCCUCCUUCAGACGUAACAUACACUGCCCCUACCCCUCCUCCAGAUAAUAAACCUGUUGUCUCCAUCCUUCCUCCAGAUGCUUUAACCACCGUUCCCUUCCCUCCUUCAAACGUAACCUACACUGCCCCUAUCCCUCCUCCAGAUAAUAAACCUGUUGUCUCCUCUCUUCCUCCAGAUGCUUUAUCCACCGUUCCCUUCCCUCCUUCAGACGUCACAUACACUGCCCCUACCCCUCCUCCAGAUAAUAAACCUGUUGUCUCCACCCUUCCUCCAGAUGCUUUAUCCACCGUUCCCUUCCCUCCUUCAGACGUAACCUACACUGUCCCUAUCCCUCCUCCAGAUAAUAAACCUGUUGUCUCCACUCUUCCUCCAGAUGCUUUAUCCACCGUUCCCUUCCCUCCUUCAGACGUAACAUACACUGCCCCUAGCCCUCCUCCAGAUAAUAAACCUGUUGUCUCCAUCCUUCCUCCAGAUGCUUUAUCCACCGUUCCAUUCCCUCCUUCAAACGUAACCUACACUGUCCCUAUCCCUCCUCCAGAUAAUAAACCUGUUGUCUCCACUCUUCCUCCAGAUGCUUUAUCCACCGUUCCCUUCCCUCCUUCAGACGUAACAUACACUGCCCCUACCCCUCCUCCAGAUAAUAAACCUGUUGUCUCCUCUCUUCCUCCAGAUGCUUUAUCCACCGUUCCCUUCCCUCCUUCAGGCGUAACAUACAUUGCCCCUACCCCUCCUCCAGAUAAUAAACCUGUUGUCUCCUCUCUUCCUCCAGAUGCUUUGUCCACCGUUCCCUUCCCUCCUUCAGACGUAACAUACACUGUCCCUAUCCCUCCCCCAGACGCUUAA